ACACCUUCUAAAUAAAUUUAAGUAUUUCUUCCAUCUUUCUUAACUGUAUGGCUCAGUUUAAGUUAUUUUAGAAACAAUCAAACAGAGGACCCUCCUCCUGAAGUCCUAAAAUGCGCUCUACUCAUACUCCAGUGGCUGGUCCCAAUGCCAGGACACCUCUGCUUCAGUCCACCAUUGAGAACAAUGAUGUGGAGACCAGAGUUUACAAAUCAAGAUUUUAUGUUCUUGGAGUAUUUUCCCUAUUUAGUUGUUUUUUGACUUGGCAGUUCAAUACAUGGGGACCUAUCAAUGAGAGUAUAGUGGUAGCCUACCCAGAGUGGUCAUCUGCCACAGUUGCACUCAUGCCCAACCUGACCACUGCAAUAUUUGUGGUGUUUGUGUGGCCCGUGUGCUGGCUGGUUGAGAAGCUAGGGCUGCGAGCUGCUAUGCUGAGUGCCUGCUCCAUCACCUCCGUUGCUCUAGCUCUGCGCUGUGCCAACCAAGACCCCACAACUUUCACUGUGUUAUGCAUGGUGUCAGCGUCGCUGCAGGGAGUCGCUAUGACCAUCAUGCUGGCUGUGCCACCACUACUUGCAGUCGACUGGUUCCCUCCCCACGAGAGAGCUACAUCCCAAGGGCUGAUGUUCGCCAUGGAGCAGCUUGGGCUGAUGUUCGCCAUGGAGCAGCUUGGCAAGUGUNUCAUGUACAUCACCACGGCCGUGUGCUUGGCGCUGUCAGUGGCGGUGAUCCUUUAUUUCCCCGCCCGCCCUCCCGUGCCGCCCUCCGCUGUCGCCGCCGCUGACCGCACGCCCCUCCUGGAGGGCCUCAAGGGCCUCCUCAGGGACGGUCAGGCGUGGGUGGUCAUCGUAAGCUACUUCCUGUACUCCGGUCCUGUGUUCGUAUGGGUUGCGGUUCUCAACUACUCCCUCCAGCCCUUCAAUGUACAUCAGGACGAGUCGAUGUGGCUGGCGGGGACGGCCAUCGUGCUGUCGUCCUUCGCGUCGCUGCUGUCGGGCCGCUACACGGACGCCAACUGUGGCCGCCUUAGACCUACGCUGCUGGUGCUGCUUCUCUCCACAAGUGCCUUCUUUUAUUGGUUUCUCCUGCUUUCUGAGGGAGUCAUUGCUUAUACCAAGUGGCAAGUGUACGUGAGCGUGGUGUGCGGCAUCUCGUGCCACAUGGCGUGCGUGCCCGUGUUCUACGGGCAAGUGUACGUGAGCGUGGUGUGCGGCAUCUCGUGCCACAUGGCGUGCGUGCCCGUGUUCUACGAGCUCACGCAGGAGCUCACCUUCCCGUGCCCUGAAGUCGUGGUCGGCGGAGUCGUCGCGUUCGCGGACAGCGUCUCUGCGUCGGUCUUCCUUUUCGGUUACCAGUUCACCAAGACCAACUUCGGUUGGGUGCCCUACGUGCUGGUGCUGUCCAACGCGGUGACGGUGUUGCCGCUUCUCCUCGUCAAGGUCGAGUACUCGCGCUCAGAGCUCGACUCCCGCGGUCCUGGCGCUGUAGACGACACAACUUCAUCCAACUACCUCUACGGCAGCAUGGAUACCUGCAGUUCUAACAGUGUACAGUCGUAGCAUCUGCCUUGUACACGUAGAAACACUUCCUCCAACUGCCUCUACGGUAGCAUGGAUACCUGCAGUUCAAACAGUGUUGAGUCGUAAUUAUCUGCCUUGUACACGUAGAAACACCCGAGUUCGGUCCAUGCGACCAUGCAUCAUCAAUUUCAUCAUGAAUUUCUACAUCUGGUCCCGUCUGAUGGGAACCGUUCAGUAUCUCCCUGAAUUGCUUCUUUUAUCUGCCACGCAUCCAAGUCCUGGGUUAUACCAAGCCGUUGAUGAGUUGUAGCGAUCAUACUUUCCUUUCUUUGAAUUUCUUUGCCGUUGUUUCUUCCUAAAAGAAAAACUGUGCAAAAUAUUUUAAUUUGUCGUUCUUCAAUGUCGAGAACAUUUGAUUUUAGCAACAUUAAAUGUCAUGUCACCACGAAUUGUAAGCGUUGGUGCGCUGCCUAAAGCACCAAGUCUGAAGUAUAAUGUACAGUCUUUAUUGUGCUGAUCAUGGUUAGAUCAAGUUAUACAAGCGUGCUGAAGGUGAACAAGAGCUGGUUAACCAGCGUUUUGUUAAACUUAACUGCAUUUAGCAUUUAUGUCUUUAUCAGUCAUUAACACCGCAGGGUACAUGCAUUAUAUUUAUUUUCUCGUGCUCAAUCUUGUACUUAGUUCAAACUAUCUAGGAUUAUCACUUAAAUCUUUGGGUUGUUAUGGUAAUCCUAGAAACUGUGCUCCAGUAUAUUGUUUUCCUCCUUAUUUAUCUGCAUCUUAUGUGCAAGUUCUAUGGCUAUAUACUGUGUAAUCUUAUUAAAUUGUCGUCAUCUCAGCCGUUUAAGGCACCAAGAGAGGCGUUGAAUCUUGCUCAAGGCUUGCUCUUCAGGCUAAAAAUAAUGAAUUUCGGUUUGAUUUUUAACAGGAGUCAAGAUUUAUUCUUGUAAGCAUUAGAGUUCGCAGCUUGAUCAAAAAAGAUUUAUGAGAAUAACAAAUUUAAAGCCAAUGAUGAUCAAAAGAGAUAAAUGCAAAGCUGAUUUCUUGAGUCACUAUCUUGUCUGUUGGAGAAUAUCAUCACAAGCAACUCCUGGAUCGGUAAAUUUGGUGAGACUCAAGCAAAUUUCGCUUGUCCUUUAUCGAUAUCCAGAUACUGAGAUGUGAUAUUAUGUAUAUCUAAUAACUUAGCAAUACUGUAUCGAGAGUAUCGUGUUUCACUCUUCUCUGCCACUAGUCGAGUCCAUUAAAAUAGGAUUGAAUAAAUGUCAUUUUGUCUAUACGACUUUAAAAGCAUUUUGACGGACGUUAGAAUGAGCCCAACGUUAAACGAAACUAGCGCAGUUGUUUGUUGUUAUGGCCUUUCUGCUGGGAUAGCUGAGAGCGGCGCAGUUGUAUGUUGUGGCUCCCGUCGUAACUCUUAUGUUGUGUUUGCUAAUUGAUUAAUUCGAACGAAAUUAGACAUUCUCAGGCAUUAUAAAGUGAUCAUCAGGAAUAUAAGUGGCCCAGAAAGUGUAUUAUUUAUUUGUUGUCCGUCUUCAGUUGAAUUGUAGCAAUAAUUACCAAUAAUUUAUUUCACGUCUAUUCUCGUUGUAAUGUUGUAAUGGAAUGCAAGGUUGUACGUUAACGUGCACCACUGAGGAGUUGAAAGUGAUGCCGUGGCCCCAGGCUCAGCUGCCCCGCGUCCUGAGCUUCGCGCUGUUGGUCUCCUGACUGUGUGGCAAAAGAGUUGGGUUUUUGUGUGAUGAAUUCAUGAUUUUGAAUUUAUUCAUGAUGACUAACAUUCAUUUAUUUUGUCAAUCUGCGCAUUUCUAAGCAUUUCAUUUCUAUCGAUUAGACGAAUACCUCGUUGCCCACAAGUGCCUUCUUUAUUAAGACACAUUGUAUAAAGCCGUUUGUAAACUUGUCAUUUGGUGAAACACAUUAAUUGUUUUGCUGGACCGCAAAGACAAUUGACUGACAUUAUGUAGCUGGUAGUUUGAUGAAGCACAAUGAGUGUGAGGACGUAUCUGAACAUUAGUAAUUCCUCACAUGAAAGAAAAUACUGAAGAAGAUCAGUAAACUUAAUUGGACCGAUAACAAGUGGCUGUUACAUGAAACUAUGUACCUCUGCACAAUAAGCAUGGCUGUCUCAUAUUCAUUUAUGCUGAAAGCAUUUGUAGCUAUCGUGAUGUAUCGCGCUGCGGCGGUCAGCUCAAUAAGCAGGACUGUCUAUUGUAUGCACUUUGCUGUGUAAGUUUACAAGAAACUAAUCGAUAAUAUUGUAAAGUAUGUGCAAUUCAAUUAAUGUGUUGAGAAUUAUAUGUCAGUUUAUGGAUGAUACUGAUACGCAAGUUAUUGGUGAUUAAGAACAAUCAUGUAUUUACUGUUGAAAAUGUUGAUAUUUACAUUACAUUUUAUUGUCCGUGUCAGCAAGAUUGUAAUGUACGAAAUAGCAUUUUUAUAAUAUUAUUGUCCUCGUCGCCAGUUAUUUGUUAUUUUUUUUAUUUAUUCCAGUUAUUUUCAGUGUUGCAGACGCCAAAAUUUCAGUGUCUUAAGUUACGUCAGACGUAUGACUCGUAUAUGUAAUAUUAUUUAUAACCCAUUAAGCUAAUAGCGCCAUGAUCGUAUAGUCAGUUAUGAUCAGGGGACGAGCUUAAGUCAGCUCCCACAUGAUGAACUUUGUUCCUCACUACUUAAUUUAUUAUUUAAUAUCGUACAAACUUUUGCUGUAAGGUUGCGGAAUAAAUAUAUUCUUUACAAUACUUGUUCGUAUAUUACAGUUCAUAUAUUUAAUACCAUAUCAAACAAUAACGUAUUUAAUGUUACGAUAGAUCACAUGCACAAUAAUUAUGUACAGUACAGUGGGGAAGAAAAAAGGACCACGGGCCAUACUUUCAAAACUCGCCAAGUGAACGUAAGUACUUACACACUAUU